UGUUAAAAAAAAAAAAUUCAAAAGUCGACAAAGGGGAAGAAGAUACAUAACAAUACCUAGGCGCGCUAAAAAAUUCUACUAAGACAAAAAAAAGGGACUAAAAUCUGAAAUGGACCAAAAGGCCAAAAACAAGUCUCACACAUCCAAAAAAAAUCUGUAUGGACCAAGUGAUUGUAAACUACUAUUUUACCCUUAAUGAAUGAAUAAUAUGAACCAUUGGAUUCUAUAAUCUUUCUAUAAAUCACAACCGUCGGAUUAAGAGAAGAAAAGAGGAAUGUUAUAUUUACAAAAAUGCCAUUAAUGAAACUCCAACCAGAGCCAUUGAUCAUAUUUUCUAUGUUUUAAUCUUGGCCACACGCUUUCACAGAUCUCUCAUUCUCUAUCCUCUCCCCCUCUUUAAUCUGAUGCAUAAAUAACUCAGAGCCACACGAUUUUCAUUAUUUCAUUCUCUCAUUCGACUAGGUACAACUAGUAUAACUCAUACAACUAUACAUGUUAAAAAAUAAUAUAAUUGGUACAACUAGUAUAUAAAUGUUAUAAUUUAUGUACAAUUUGCAGCUACUUAACUCAACUAUUAAAUCAUUUUUUACAUAUGAUGAUAAAUUUCAUCUAUUUUUUCUGAGGUUCUUCAAUUAUUGUUAAAUUAUUAAAUCACACUACCAAUUUUAUAUAAGAUAUCUUAUACUUUUAAGGUUUGUUAAUUAGAUUGACCAUAUUAUUAUGAAAAAUAAACAUCAAAAAUAUAUUUACAAAGUUAUAAUGUGAAAAAAUUGGUACAACUCCUAAAACUAAACAUAUAAAAAAUUUGGUAUAUUUUUUUAUUAUAUAUUAGUUUACAUGAUCUACCUUAUACUUUUAAGGUUUAUUAACUUGUUUGUCUACAUAAUUUAUGGAAAACAUACAUGAAAUGUAUUUUAACAGUUAUGAAAUGUAUUUACCGGACUAGUAAUACUGAUAUAACUAGUACAACUACUCAGGUUUUGAAAUUUAAAUAUUCCUUCGAGUAUGUCAUAUGAAAAAAAUCAAUAAAGUGGCUAAAUUGUAAAGUAUUUAUAAAGGUUCCUUAUGAUAUUUCAUGGGGGGUUUUUUUUUUUUGCAAAUCUAACACAAUCACAUAAGUUUGCAUAAUCUACCUUAUACUUUUAAGGUUUGUUAACUUCUUUGUCCACAUAAUUUUUGGAAAACAUACAUGAAAUGUAUUUUAACAAAAUUUAUGAUUUCAUUUUAUUGGGGCACAGACAUGUACACAUAAUGAAGUGGUACAACUGUGUUAUUUCAUUUUAUAUUGUGCAUUACAUUUUAAACGUGUAUCAUGUCUUAAACAUUAUGGUUGAAUAUUAAAUCAAGUUGUUGUACUAAUAGUACUAUUCCUAGAUAUUUUUGUGUAGUUUAACCUGUUAUCUAUUUCUUUUGGUUGAAAUACAUUAAAUCAAAGUCGAUAAAAUUAAGAGAAAAAUUUGUUAGGUACGUAAAUACAACACGUAAAACUAAAUAAUAUUUAUAAAAAAAAUAGAUAUUAAAAAAACUGAUGGUAUUGGGAUUAUAAAUUUUAUAAUUUUUUAAAAACUUCAUAAAUUUUUGAAGAUUUAUUUUUUUGUAGGAAAAAAUUUAAAUUAUAAAAUAGAAUUAAAUAAUAAACUGAGUGAAAUGUACGAAUUUGCAAACAUAAGAAUCAAAAACUAUUUGAAAUCAAAUUUGUAGAUACAACAAACAUAUGUAUAUCAUAUUUUAUAUCAAAAUAUGCAAGUUUCACCAUGUUCUUUUUGUGUAUGUGAUUACAAUUGCUCUAUUUCUUGUAAUAUUUUCAUGUCCAUAUCAAGAAAAUGAACUUUGAGGCGAUAAACCUACUAACCAACACUAGAAAAACACAAAUCAAGUGUUGCCACAAUUAAACUAGUAAUAGUACUACUGUAGUUAAACCGGUUAAACUAUUAUUGUUGUAGUCCAAAUACCAAAUAUUAAUGUUUAUGUAUUUUUUUCAAACUCGUGAUGGCUUAUGCAUUAUAUUUUGGACUAUACUCUUCCAGAUCUUAAACUGCAAUCUUUUCUCACUUGGCAGUUGUCUUAUUUGGCUUCGGGAGCAAAAACGUGAAGAUAAUUUUCUUCCAUAUAUAAUACAACUAGUACAAAUGGUAAAAUAAAUCAUUAUCAAAACAAAUAUUAUAUAAACAAACUAUUAACAUAUUUUGACACAUCCAUGAAAAUUAAACCAAUAUUUUCAUUGGUGAUACAUCAUCCCUUUCUAAAAUAUCAUUCAUACGUUGAAAACAAAAAUUAAAUAUAAUCAUAUUAAUUGUAAAAUUGUAGUAAAUAUACAUGGUACAACUAGUUUUUUCGAUUUCAAUGCCAAAGUAUAACUAUGUACAAACUGGUACAACAAUAUACAAACCAAUACAAUUCAAUUACUAGUACAACUAUGUUAUUUCAUCUUGUAUUGUGCAUCAUUUUUUAAACGUGUAUCAUAUUUUAAACAUUAUGGUUGAACUACAUGUGAAGAUAAUUUUUUCCGUAAAUAGUAUAACUAGUACAACUGGUACAAUUGGUAAACAAUAACUAUCCAAAUAAAUAUUAUAAAAUAACUUUAAACAUAUUUCGACAAAUCCAUAUAGUGGAAGAUUAUACCAACUUUUUCAUUGGUUCUACAUCAUCCUCUUCUAUAACAUCAUUCGCAUGCUGAAAACAAAAAGCUAAUAUACCAUAUUAAUGGUAAAGUUAUACUAGUUAUACACGUUCUAAUUAUAUUAGUCAUACUAGCUAAAUUUGUUGUAGUUGUAUUAGUUAUUCACGUUCUAGUUGUACCAGUUAUAUUAGUUUCAGUUGUACUAGUUGUACUAGUAAUACUCUGUGUUUUUCAUUGUCGGAAAUUUUGUACAUUGAACACGAGAUUCAAUUUUAUAUAAGAGAAAAUGGAUUGAGAAAGAUGGAGAAUUGAUCGAUUUGGGAUAAGAAUGAAAUUUCAUAAAGUUUGAAGAAUUUUUCGAUUUUGAUUUGGAUAAUGAGAUGAAACAAUUUUGAUAUGAAAUAAAAAAAAAUUAAAAUCUGGGUUCUUAACAUUAUGAAUCAUGAUUGAUUAUGGAAUAGAUAAAAUUGAGUAACACAAGAGGAAUCAGGUGGAUGUUACAUGAUUUUAGUUUGAUUUUGAAAAAAUAGUAAUGAAAGAUGAAGGUGAAAAUCGUGAGAGGGAGGAUGUUUGAGAAACAAAGAUUUGGAGAUUUAGGGAUCAAUUGAGUAGGAUCGGGUUAGUGGGUUAGGAUAGUGUGUGGUUGGGUUAGUAAAUAAGUAGAACUUUCUAGGCUUCAUGGUCUUUUCCUCCUAUUUUUGAUUUAAUUUUAAUUCAUUUUUAAAAUAAAAAGGCAAGAGGUCCAUAUGAGAUUAUUUUGAUCCCUUGUGGUCCAUUACAGCAUUUGUUCCAAAAAAAAGAUUUCACCGUGAAAUAUGGUUUAAUUGUAAAUGGAAAAAGACUCACCACACCACAAAUUCACAUGCAAAACCAACGGCACCUCCUCGCACGCCACACGUCUUCAUCAGACGGCUACUAUUACAUAAUGAAAGCAAACAAAUAUAUAAAAACAAAAUAAUUUUGAACCAAAAGAUACUCAUAAUUUCAUUAAAAAAAUCGCCAUUUUCAACCCUUUUUCAUUUUUUACUGCCAAAAACUAAAGUUUAAGGAAGCAGAAUAGAGAAUGACAUAUGCGUGGGAUGUGUAUAAAUAGAAAACAUAUGCGUGGGAUGAUCGACAUGCAACGAUGAAAUCAUCAUCGGUUUUCUGGGAAAGCUCAGAGAAAACACAGAGAUGGAUAGCUUCAAACAUGGGAAGAUCAUCGCCAUUCCUCUCGCCUUUUCUUUGUAUAACGCUCUUCUUCACCGUUUUCUUGGUUUACCAUCAAAGUCCUUUCAGGUCCAUCUCCGAUCAAAAUGUUCCCACUCCCCAACCUCAAAUCGAUCCUGAAUGUAAUUUGUUCAAGGGACAUUGGGUUCCAGACAAAAGAGGAUCUUUGUACACAAACUCAAGCUGUUCCACUAUUCCUGCUUCCAAGAACUGCAUAAAACAUGGGCGAUCAGACAGAGAUUUCUUGUUUUGGAGAUGGAAACCCGAUGGCUGCGAUCUCCCUAGAUUUAACCCUAAGGCGUUUCUCAGUAUGGUUAGAGGCAAGAAGAUGAGUUUUAUUGGUGAUUAUGUAGCAAGAAACCACAUGGAAUCUCUUCUUUGCUUGUUGUCAAUGGAAGAAACUCCUAGAGAGAUCUACAAGGAUGGAGAAGACAGAAACAGGAUUUGGUACUUUCCUAGUCAUGAUUUCACACAAUCUACAUCUUGGACUAAGUUUCUUGUGGCGGGACAAGAGAGGGUAGACAGUAACAAGACCGGAACUGGAUUGUUUGAUAUAGAUCUUGCCAAGAUGGAUGAAGGGUGGUCCAAGGGUCUGCCAAAUACAGACAUUUCUAUUGUCUCGGCUGCUCACCGGUUCUUCAGACCAAUAAUCAUCCAUAGAGGAGACGAGACGCUUGGUUGCAUCUACUGUAACUUACCAAACAUGACUCAGAUAAGCCCGGACGAAGGGUUUAAGCUUGUUUACUCAGCGCUAUUUAAGCACAUCAGUGAGUGUAAGAACUGCAAGGAAGACUUAGUUACGGUCCUGAGGACUAUUUCCCCUUCCCAUUUCGAGAACGGGACUUGGGAUACUGGAGGAGCGUGCAGCAGGAUAAGUCCUUUUGGUGAGAACCAGAUCGAUCUCCAGAGUAACGAGAUGAAGAUCAGGACAUCUCAGAUUCAGCAGCUUGAAGGUGUAACAAAAGGAGACUAUGAAGGAAAGAAGUUUGCGGUUUUGGAUGUGACUAAGGUUAUGCUGAUGAGACCUGAUGGGCAUCCUAAUGGUCAUUGGGGAAAUAAAUGGAUGAAAGGUUAUAAUGACUGCGUCCACUGGUGUUUGCCAGGGCCUAUUGAUGCGUGGAACGAGUUUCUAAUGGCCGUAAUUAGACAAUUAAGAUGAUCCAUUUGUGGAUUUUUUUUUUUUUUCUGAACAACUAUGAUCCAUUUGUGGAUAAACAUACAAAAAUAUACUUUUGUAUAUAUAGAAGUAGACCUCCAAAUUAGGGAAACUUUAUAUAAAAAAAAACUUUUAAAAGAAAUGUUUAUAUCCUCCUCCCCAAAAUCUCAGAUCUAGCCCCGGAGCCACCAGUGAGCUGUCCUUACAGAAAACUGAUAAGCUUGUUUAGCUGUAUUUCCACAAAAUGAGAAGAGAAGUGUUGACUGAGAAGUCAAAGAAGAAAGACUCUCUUCCACUUGGAGGCUUUGCCGUUGAGAUGAAGAUCACAUAUAAAUAGAGUUGAGAGUCCGUUGGAGAAGGCAGCUUUGUAUUUUGGAUUGAGACGAGAGUCCUGAGGAGAUUACGAGUGGGUUAAGCCAUCGUAUCUCAAGUUGGUUCUUGAUACAAAGUGUAGUGCAUUGUUCCACUGAUUCAAUAAAGUGUUUGGAGAGUUUGUGAUUGAGUUUGAGAGAGCGUGCGUUUGUGAUUGAAUCGAUAGCUCAAACUCUAUCAAAACCAUGAUCCAACGUAACUUGAAACAGAAAAAUAACAGCUAAGUUCUUCAGCAACCAUUGAACUACAAAGCUUAUGUAGUGUUCCACCAGCAACCACGAUGUCCUUAAGAUCGAUCUUAGACAGAACAAGCUCGAAAGCUUUUGUACUCAGAUAUUAAUUGUUUCAGUAGUCACUAUUCAUAUCCAAAGGAAUAAACUACAGUCAUCAAACCUUAGUGACACAGAUACAGCGAGACAAAUGAUAAUCAAUACUCUACAUUGUUAUCACCAAGAACAAAAGAGAAGACUUCACGAACGGGAGAGAACUCAACAAGACAAUAUCCAUGGCGUAACCAUUCACCGGAAGCUUCAAAUCUCUCAAAACAGAGAAAGCAUAGGCCAUACGGGGCUUAGGAACUUCAAGCGCCACAGUACAUAAAGGAACCCACGAAUCAAGAUGAUACUCUUCCCCAGCCUCAACACUUUAAUUAUUUCUUCAUCGCAUUGCAUAGCUGAAUAUAAUUUUGUAGAGUUUAUCUUUAAAUAUAGAAAAUAAUAAUAAGAAAAACAUUGAAAAUAAUAUUAAAUAAUUAGAAAAUAAUUUUGUAAAAUACAUACGUCGAAUUUCACUUAUCAAAAAUACAUUCAAUAAAAAAAAUCCUAACAAGCCUAAAGUUAGAAUUUCCCCUACCGUUAAUUAGUUUUAACAAUUAGAUGACCAUUUUCAAGUUCUACACAGUACACAUAGUAUGUUUUUUUUCCCUACAAAAUACUAAUAGUAUGUUCAGACCAAAAAAAGAAACGAUAUACUAUAUGCAUGUACACAUUC